CUAUAACCAUGAGUGGAAGGGGCAAAGGUGGCAAGGGACUCGGCAAAGGAGGCGCCAAGCGUCACCGUAAAGUUCUCCGUGAUAACAUCCAGGGCAUCACCAAACCCGCCAUCCGCCGUCUGGCUCGCCGUGGCGGAGUGAAGCGUAUCUCCGGUCUGAUCUAUGAGGAGACCCGCGGAGUGCUGAAGGUGUUCCUGGAGAACGUCAUCCGUGACGCCGUCACCUACACUGAGCACGCCAAGAGGAAGACUGUGACCGCCAUGGAUGUGGUGUACGCUCUGAAGAGGCAGGGCCGCACUCUGUACGGCUUCGGCGGUUAAACUUAUUCACUCUAAUCCAUCAAACGGCUCUUUUAAGAGCCACACACUUCACUUUAAGAGCUUUGUUCUGCGGUCUUGUUGAUUUGGUCAUGUUUUGGAGGAAAGUCUUGGAAAUGUAAGUAAAAUACCUGCCCGUGUAUCCCCACCGACUUCUGAAGUACUAGUGCGUUACAACUUCACAAACAAUUACAGACUGAGAUUCCCAACAUAUGACUCUUCGUUUCGCUAUAAAAUUAAGGUGUUUGUAACGUGUGCUUUUCUUAGCAAAAUUGCAAUAACAAACUGAACUCCUGAGGUUACAGACCUAUUCAAUAUCACUGUUUAUUAAAACUCACCUAUAGCAGGAGUGUGAACAGUCAUACACUGAAAGACAGAUUUCACUGAUCUAUCAGUUUAUUUGUAAAUGCCUUCUUGAGAAAUCUGCUUGAAGCAGCAGUGCUUAGUUAUUUUUUAUUUUUUAAGAUAACCAACCCACCUUUGAUCUAGUAGAGGGUGGACAUGAGUGGAUGAAGCCCUGUGAAGCUUUUGAAACCUCUUCCUGAUGUGUCUGAAAUAUCAUUUUCACCAAUCAUAUCAAUGUAACAGUUUUGAUGUGUGAUCUUCCUUCUGACAGGCUUACUCAGUCUUACAAUCCCGACAUAACCUUCAUACAAGGAACAUUAUUAAAGAUGUUUUUAGUACCCAGAUUUCAUGCAUUUGAAAUGCAACAUGUCUGUUUAAACUGCAAACAAAGUAUCAACGGCAACUGUAAAUGCUCUGUGAUGAAACGACGCACAUCGCAAACAAGAAGUUUCGUCAGGUUGUCUACGUUUAAUUGACAUGCUUCCAGGUAAAAAAAAAAUAAAAAUAAAAAAGCUCCUUUGAGGGAGCAGAUCAGAAUUACAGAAAAUACACCAUACACAAAGCGUGUUUGCAUGUAGCACACAGCUGUGGCUCGCUGUCGGUCUAAAUGAAUCUCAGACCUAAAUGAGUUUGCAGUGAUUUAUAAUUAUUGUAAGUGUGAACCUCUUUAAUCUACUCAGCUGUCUUUUUUUUUAACUUUUAGUGCAAGUACUUUAAGGAACAAACAAUGAGACAAUGUUUAUGUUCUUACUACACAGAUUUCUGUUUUUACAGCAAGUUUAUAACAAAGUCUGGGUAAUAACUUUACAAUUUAAGUCAAACACAUGCCUUCUCUUGUUAACUGAGGUAAACUGCUGGCAUAUUUGUUUUAAAUCCAUACUGUCCAGUCUCUCCUGGUGGACAUGGCACACAGCAGCAUUGUUUAAUCUCAUUGUGUCAUUGUUGACCUGAGCCAUGUUUUUAGUCUUGUGAGAGCACUGAAGCUUCUUUCAGCCUCAGCUGAGGAUACUGGGAUGACUAAAAGCAGCCUGACAAUUGUCAUGAUAAUAAUUACUAGUUAAUCUACAGCACCAAAUCAUCAGUCAGUCACCUGUCCGAGCUACAACAUGGCAGAGCUGCCUCUGCCACCUGAUAAAUAACAGUGAGACAUUCCAAAUACAUGCAGUCACACAUGUGCUUCAGAUACAGUCAUGAACCAUCAAGUCAUCAUCACAUUUCACCUUGAUUAUUUAUUUAUCUUUGCUGUUUUCUGUUAUUCUAUUGUUUUAAUGUAUUUUCUGUACAGCACUUUGUUCCUGUGCUGGGUAUUUUAAAGUGCUUUAUAAAUAAAACUGGA